GCCACGACUUCUGUCAUCAUCAUUCGACCACACCCAGUAAUGGAUGGUAUCAUCUCCUCUCCAAACACCCAUCAAAAAUCCCCUCGGCGGCUCAAAUGGCACAAGUUACAUCCGAAGCUCGCCCCAAGAGAGCAGGCGACGACUUUGCCCGCGCGCGCCAUGAAUCCACCAGCAAAAAACCACGCUUCGACGCCCGCAACCCCAGCACCCUCGCCGCCGACGCCCCGGAGGAAGAUGUAAUCCUGGAUGCAGAUGUGAUUGGCAAAGGCGGGAACCAGGUCAAGCGCAACGCGGUGAAUAUCGACGGAUACGAUUCGGAUUCCGACAAUGACAAUUUCAAUGCGAGGGCGGCGCAGAGGGAACGAGAGAGGAAGAAGUCUGAAGGGAGUGGAGGAAGGCGGAGCAAGGACGAGGAGGAGGAUGACAUGUUUGCUGAUUUGGAGGAGGAGGUGCAGGGGACUGCAAGUGGAGAUGAAGACGAGGAAGGGACGAAGCUGAAGAAGAAGGAUGUCAAGUUCCUCGAUCAGACGGAGAUUGAGGGGCAGGUGAUGAAUAGCACGAGUGGAGGGCAUGUUUCCUCGGAGAUUCUGCUGGGCAAGGGAAAGAAGCGGGCAGCGGAAGAGGAGUCGGAGUCGAGUUCCGGAGAGGACGAAGAUCGUGAUCUGCUGCCGGAGGAAAUGGAGGAAGACCUCGCGGCGGAGAUUGGCGCCGGGGGCAAGAAGAAACAUGCGCCACGGCUGGAUGCGUUCAAUCUCAAGGACGAAGAGGAGGAGGGCAAGUUCGACGAGGCGGGCAAUUUUGUGCGCAAAGCUACGGAUCCCGGUGCCGCCAACGAUACCUGGCUGGAGGGAUUGAGCAAGAAGGAUAUGAAGCGGGCGCGGGAGGCGCAGGAGAAGAGGGAGCAGGAGCAGAGACGGCAGGCGGCGGAGAGCGACGCGCUGCUCACGAGCGACCUGCUGUCGACGCUGAUUGCGCGCCUCGAGACCGGCGAGACGGCUCUGGAAGCGCUUCAGCGGCUGAACAAGGGCAAGGGCGCGGAGAAGAAGAAGGUGCCGAAGUGGAAGUUGAAGAAGAUGAGGAAUGGCAUGGAUGUCGACGGCGAUGAUGAUGACGCUGCCGGGUCUGCCGGGAACGUCGACGCCGCAGAGGCGGAGAGGCGUCAGGCAGUCGAGGCCAUUACGGGCGCGGCAGACGCGCUGUACUCACGCCAACAGCACGAAAUCUACGAGACGGAGCGGGAAAUGCUGAUGCGCCAGUUUCGACGGGAGACGGGAGAGGACUGGCGUGCUGCUCCUGCUGUGCCCGAGCCUGCAGCUGCUGCCAAGGAGAUCGCAGCGGAAACGGAGGAUAUGUGGGAGUACAGGUGGGGCGAUGCGCGAGACGGAGGGCAGCAGCAUGGCCCUUACGAUGGGCCGACGAUGCAGGCGUGGAAUGAGGCCGGGUACUUCGAGGAAGGGGUGGAGUUUCGAAGGGUUGGAGGAGGCCCGGACGACUGGAGUCGAGUCCUCGACGUUAGGUAGCGAACCAUCAUAGUCACCAGACGAGAAUGUUUCCAAACGGAGCAGGACAUAAGAGUGUGGC